CCCACCCCCAUCCUUUCUUCCCACUGUAGCCCAGGGUUUGUUAGCCAACUCAACUUCAAAGCCUACUAAAAGGAACAAUGGGGAGGUCACCAUGUUGUGAAGAGGUCAGCCUAAAGAAGGGUCCAUGGACACCGGAGGAGGACAAGAAGCUGACGGAAUUCAUUCAGAAGCAUGGUCAUGGGAGUUGGCGGCUGCUCCCAAAGAACGCCGGCCUUAACAGGUGCGGAAAGAGCUGCCGGCUUCGGUGGACCAACUACCUUCGGCCUGAUAUCAAGAGAGGGAAGUUCUCUGAGGAAGAAGAGAAACUCAUCGUCGAUCUCCACUCAGCUCUCGGAAACAAGUGGUCAUUGAUAGCAGCCCGUAUACCAGGGAGGACCGAUAAUGAAGUCAAGAACUACUGGAACACCCAUCUAAGAAAGAAGCUCCUCCGAAUGGGCAUCGACCCGGUGACCCAUAUGCCGAGAACUGAUCUCAAUCUACCUGGGAGCCUUUCCACUGUGCUGGCAGAUGCCAACUUCGGAAACUGGAGCAGUUUGGCUAGUGUUCUAAAGUUGCAGGCAGAUGCUGCUCUCGCAGCCAGGAUGCAGGUGGUGCAAACGCUACUUAAAGUUCUAACUAAUAGCCCGACUUCAAAUCUGGAUUUGAUGGGUCUCUUGGGAUCAGCCUCCCUUGGGAAUCACCAAUUAAGUGGCCUCCUGCAGUUAAGUCGCCAGUACGAGGGGCUUAUUGAUAGCUCUCUCAGCCUUCAUGGUUCGAUUCAAAUGCCUUCCAGCCUUCCAAAUUUGAGCUUCCAAAACUUACUGAGCAAUGUUCAAGCUUGCACCAAGUCAAGCCUUUCUCUCGAUGGAGAAGUGGCAGCACAGCUCGAUGGUUCUGGCUUAAGCGAGCAUGGAACAGAGAGCAAUGGUUUUAGUGCUAAUUUCUAUGACUUUCCAACUUCAAAUUCCACAGCUUCACUUCUUCCAGCCUCUUCAGAGGACACCCACAUAGAUCAAACUCAAGGUCCAGUCACCUCGAGCAAUGUAUCAUCCAUCUCAGCACCCUUUGAAGCUUGGGAAGACCUAAAUCUAGAUGAUCUAAGCAGUGACUUUGGCUGGAAAGACAUUCUAGACCAAAUGUCAUGGUCUAGCGCAUAACAGAGCAUUUGAAGGUGCCAUUUGUCCAUAGAAAGAAGCAAAUUCAUGGAUUUGCUAAAAGAGUCCAAAAAUAACACUUCUGAUGUACAAAAUACUGCGUUCAUAUAACUCUUUUACGAGUUUCUUCUUCUUCCUCCUUUUUCUUUUUUUUCCUUUUUUUAUACACUUGUAAUUGGAUGAUAAGUUAGAUAAGUUUAUUUAAAGAUUUCUUUGCUGUUGGUUUUUUCUUUUCUUUUUUUUAUUGAGGCUAUUUUUAUUAAUUGCUUAUGAGAACUGACAAGAGCCAACAUGACAAAAGUAAAGACAGGUUUGGGUGGAUGAAGCAUUUGAUAAACUGUAUAUUAUUUGAAGAAUAAUUAGU